CAUAUAACGAGGGGAGCUGUCCAAGUGCUGAAAACAGAAGAGCCCGAGACCGCUACAGAGGAGAUGACAUACACCUUCACUGCUGUCUGAGGUUUAUUGCCAAAGGUAAUAGAUAGCCUAUAAUGCUGCAUUUCCACCACAAGUUGCCCGCGGGGGGAGCCGUGGUCCUGCUCGCCUUCCUCGUCCAUGGCUGCACCGUGCAGGCUGCGUCUCUCCCCCGCCACUACAGGCUCCGAGGCGGGGAGAGUGAGGGGCAGCCGGCUGCCUACCCACCCAGCUCCGACAUGAUGAAAGCCCUGGAGUACAUAGAGAACCUGAAGCAGCGAAACGGGGGCCGACCCGAACCCGCGGAUUAUGACGAAGUGGAGAAGUUCCGGGUCCUGCUCCAGCUCGCCUCGCAGCAGGAUGAGGCUCCCGGGGACCGUCAGCCUGCCCCCGCCGUGCCGCAGAGACAGGACAUUACCGCCGAGCAGCUGAUGAAAGCCCUGCUCAGGUCUCUGCAGGAACAGGCCGGUAAAGACGCAAAGCUCAGCCCCGCGUCUGCGCCCAGGAACGACAGACGCACGCACAGGCACCGCACCAAAGACACGGAAGUCCCCGAGAGCGCGCCGGCAGACUACGGCAAUUUCCCCAGACCCCAUAAGAAAUAUCCACUGAUGUUUGAGGAUGAGGAGAACACAGACGCCUCCAAGAGGGCCACGGAGGACUUGGAUGAGCAGUACACACCCCAGAGCCUCGCCAAUUUGCGCUCCAUCUUUGAGGAGCUCGGGAGGAUGCCCUCAGUCACCGGCCAAAAGAGAGACGUGUUCGGAGAUGACGACGAGGAGGAAGAUGAGGGAAUGAGCCUGAGGAACCCGGCCUAUGAGGAUGUGGCCGGAGGAGAGGAGUGGGUCCCCGUGGAGGAGAGGGAGGAGACGGAGGAGUUGGAGAACGGGAGCCAUGAAGAAAUGGACAGGGCGCUUGGUGAGCAAGAAGAGGCAGAGAGGGAAGAGAUGCAGCGCAGGGCAAGCCAGGACCAAGAGGAGUCUGAUGACGACACAAAACUCGUGGACUACUACCUGUUGAAGGUCCUGGAGAUGAGUGACCAGACCCAGAAGAGGGACAAGACCGGGGAGCAGAGGAAGAGACUGAUCCGCCCCUCAAUCUUGGAUCCCCGGACGGUAAAGGAGUUGCUGGAACUCUCCUUGAAGCUCCACGUCCCCCCGCAGGACCUCAUCGACAUGUUGCUCACACAGGAGCUUAGGAAGCUCCACCGCGACCCCCACGCCCCGGUUCGUUACAUGCCCGGCCAGACCCCCAAGAUCCGGUAUUUCAACCGUAGACUGCCACUGAAGAGCAAGCCCGCCCACGAGGACAUGGACAGAGAGGACUUUUUGGACAUUAUCGGCGUGGAGACGAUCAGUAACGAGUAUCCCGUGGUGCAGAGACCCAUGAAGACCCUGGAUAGAAUCCCAGCAGUGUCAAAUCCAGCAGCAAAUCCAGGCCCGGUUAAAAUCCCUUCAUCAUCCGGACGCAGGGAGAACCUGUUUUUAUCUGAGCUUAAUAAAAUGCCCCUGAAGCGCCAAGCUGCUGCUGCUGCUGCUGCUGCCGAUGAUGAUGAUGAUGAUGGCGAUGUAGAAGACGAGGUGACCACCUACCUGGCAGCGAAAAUCCUUACAGAGUACCCCAACCCCAUCGCCAAGAGGGACACGCAGGCACAGCUGAAGGGCCAGUUUCCGUAUGAGCUGUACGAGCGGGCCCUGAAGGACUACUUGGGGCAAGCAGACGCUGAAAAGAGGCCAGUUGUCAAGAGGGAGACCGAGGUGGCCACAGAGGAGGUUUACCCCACAGAGGUGCAGGGGAAAGAGGAGAGUACCGCCAAGACGUCAGCUCCACAGAUCGUCAAUGAAGAAGAGGAUGGGAAGGAGCACCGUGAAAAAACCGCGGCUGGGAUGUAGCCAGACGCCUUGCAAGACGCAAGAAAUUCAGAAUAUAGUAUUUAUACUGUCUCAAAAAUAAAGUUUUGUGGACGUGAUAUAGUUUACAACUUUCUAUUAUAGUAUUAUAGCUUAUACUAAUGUCAUUCUAACGAAAAUGAACACUUACAAAGAAAAGUCCCUACUUGCUGCAAGAACAUUAUAUAAAUAUUAAAGGUGCAAUAGUGAAAAAGGCGUCCUCAAAAUGGAUGUGAACCUGUCUUUAGUCCUAAAUUGCCUAUAAAUACUUUGAUUAAUAAUCACAAUUUCACUAUGAAUGCUGAAGUUAUUAAAGUUUUGUGAUGACGUUCAAGGUUUGUUUACAUGAAUGUUGUUUGUGAACAGCAGGAAUGGGCCUAUAUUUAAAUUAUUAUCAACUGAGUACUGGUAAAAACACUUAUUUUUCAUCGACAUUAUGUGAAUAUAUCUGUUAAAUAUAAUGCAGACUGGGCCUGUUAAACACACGCAUACAGUAUAAAGACAGGAGAACUAAAGGAACAUCGUGGGAGUUUUCAUUGUGAAAGAGGACAAGUGUUGUUGUGACUCUUGCUAUAUUCAGGGUUAGUAGAUUUAAUGUUAUUAUUAUGGAUAAUUAUUUUCAAGUCUAAAUAGCAGACCAUCGCCUGCCUUCCAACCCUUUCAUAUUACGAAGCUCUGUAUCGUCGGCCUACCAGUGGUUGUGCUAUGUAUGCUCAUUUUUAAACCAUUUUGUACAUGUUCAAUAAUGUGUGAUGAAUCACAGAUGAAUAAAGCAUCAGCGGUAUUAUUUUUCUU